AUGAAGAGAAAGAGGGAACCAUUUGAGAAGAAGAAGAAGAAGAAGAAGAAGAAGAAGAGUCUCAAGCUGGGAGAGUCUUUAGCGACUCAGAAGCAUCCAGUGCCUCUAAGCUAUUCAGCACCAAGUAAGUCUCCUAUCUCAGAAGCCCCUAUCAUUUAUGGCUCUAGGCAGAUUGCCUCAUCAGUUCCUCUACCACUCCUCACACUUUCAACCUCUGUUACUACUUCCUCCACUUCACCUUCCACGCAAACUACUGCUCCCAGAGCAAAAUCCAAAUCUAAACAACAAACCUCCUUACUCCCUUCCACAUCUGAACCAACACCUUUUAGACCUAUCUUUUAUGAACCAAAUGCAUCUGAACCCCAAACCUCUGACCCUAUCACAUCGUCACUUUCAUUACCUAAAUUCAACCUCCACACAACAUCCAUUCCCAUCUCUGAAGCCAUUAUGUUCAACGAACCUAUAUCACCACCCAUUUCCUCUAACCCCAGUUCCCCCCUUAGUAUGACCUAA